AUGCGCUUGCCGCUACACCUGGCAUGGUCUAUCAUCUGCGGUGUUCGUGGGGAGCGCCCAGCUGCUGUCCGCUCCGCUCUGCAGCCUGUGCGUCUCCACGAACCCCGAGGCGAGGCGAGGCCCGCCGUCGCCGUGGUCCGGGCCGAGCCCAUCCCAGGCUCCCAGACUUGGCCUCUGGUCAGCGGAGACAGGUGCGGCCCAAGGAACGCGUACGCAUGCGGCACAGGCCGAUGUUGCUGCAGGUUUGGCUGCAGUUAUGAUGUCGAGAAGGACAGCUGCACGGCCUGUCACGAUGAUGAUCCUGAUGUCGCUACCUUUCACAUCCAAUCUUCGCAUCUCUGGAAAGGGAGAGCCCAGGGGAAUUGCACGAAAGACCACAGUCAUGUUUGCGGUCGUUCCUGCUGCUGCAAUGCGGAGUAUCUCUGGAGCUUGGAGAAGCGAGAGUGCCAACACGUCGCUGUCGUCCAGGAGCAGCAAGAAGAAGCGCCCCAGAUUCCCGUUCCCCGGGAAGAUCCCAUUCCAGGAUCCCAGACUUGGGGCACAGGCGACACUUGCGAAAGCAGGAAUGCAUAUCUGUGCAAUGACGGACGACACUGCUGUUGCCGGAUGGGCUGCACCUACGAUGUCGAGUACGACGAAUGCCGAGGCUGCAGUGAUGGCAACCCUGACGUGGCCAACUUCCACAUCCCGGCAUCCCAUCUGUGGCAGUCGCGCAUGGAGGAGAAUAUGUGCACGGCGUCGCACAGCCAUCCGUGUGGUAAGUCCUGCUGUUGCAAUGCCGAGUGGCGCUGGGAUCUGGACAAGAGGGAAUGUGUGAAAGCCACAGCCUUGCAGACUCUGAGGACUGCGCGGCCGUUGAGACAGAAGCCCCCCGAGCCGGCACCGAUCCCUGGCUCUCAGAUCUGGGAAUCCUGCCAGGAUCGGCAUGCUUACUCCUGUGGCAAGAACCACUGCUGCUGCAUGUUUGGGUGCACUUACGACGUGGAAGAAGAUGCCUGCACCGGCUGCAAAGCCAAAAACCCUCUGGUGGAAGUCUUCCACAUCCCGGCAUCCCAUCGCUGGCCGGAGAGGAAGCAGGAGGCGAACUGUUCUGAUCCCUUCUCAUGCGGCCGCUGCGAUGCCAAGCUAAGCCAUCCCUGUGGAUGGUCCUGUUGUUGCGAUGCUGGCCACGUUUGGGACCUGGAGCAGCGAAGGUGUGUCACCUACCAUCAAACGGAGGCCCCCAGCAAGAGCUAG